AUGCUCCUCAAGAACGAUGCUCUGCACCUGGUCGGGAGUCUCGUUGCCAUCGCGUCGACGUGCAACGCGGCAGCCUUGCCAAGUCACGCAUCUGCCUCAGCGCUUUCGAAGCGGGCAGGAGGGAGCAGCUCUUCUCAGCCCUACGUAAAUCCAGACCACGACACUGCUCACAUUUCGCGCUGGUAUCAUCCGCAAUCUGGACAGCUCGCAUGGGCCAAGGACAGGAACCGAGGCUUCACCGUAGUUCUAGGCGCCGCCGUCCACCCGCCUGACGAUGAUUGGAAGACCGAGAUUAGAGCAAAGAAGGACCUGGAGAGUUUCUACAUGCACAAGCAGGACUCCACGACUGGCGAGACGCACCAAUUCAACAAGGGUACCGGCAAUUGGGACUUGCUAGACCCAGAUCUCUGGAAAAACGUCGCGCUGGAUAUUGCUCGGCCUCCGAAACCUUAG